AUGGGGCGGUGUCGAGGCCAGGGGCGGCUUUCACGAUGGAGACUGGCGAAGUCGUGCUUCCCGUCGAGCUGCGGAGCAUCUCUGUGCACCAGGACCAGCGGCGGCGGCGGCGGCGGUGGCGGUUGUCGCUGGGCUUGCGGUGGCGAGCGAUGGGAGUGCUGCCUCUACCCGCUCAUCGGCGCUGGAGGUAUCGCCGGAGACCGCCGCAAGAAGGCGUGGCAGGCACGGAAGGCGGCCAGGUCGGUUUCCGCAGAUUUUUCGGAGCAGCCCAGUCGGCGUCAAGGGAAGCGCCAGGCGAAGCGCCAAGAAAAGCGCCGGGCGAAAGCCGGCAGAGACAGGCCAUCGGCUACUGUCCAACCCGGUGCCGAACACGGCAACUCCCCGACAACCGCGACUGUUGCUAGUGGUGGUAGUGGAAACGCGGUAACUACCGCUGUGGCAAGCAAGACGCUUAGCCGGCCCACCGGACGCCCGGAGGACCUCGCCAUUUCGGCCUUGAACAGAGCCAGGAGGCCAGGGGGCGCGAGAGGAGCGACCAAGGGUCAAAGGUCCUCGAACAAGAACGCUGCCGGGUUUGACAACGGGGGGGGCUCGGGCGCGAAGGGAUGCGUGAUCGAGGAGGACAUCCCGCGGGAGGAACAGAGUAUGCUGUACUGGAAACAGCAGCAGCAGCAGCAGCAGCGGCAGCAGCAGCAGCCGAAGGAGGGGUUCGUACAGGGGGCGGCCUCUCCCGAGCCGCACGCUCGCCAAGAGGCGGAGGGAGGCGUUACGGUCCGCAAGCUCACGCUGCAGGAGGGGAGGGAGGAGAACGAGGGGGCGGAGAAGAAGGAGGAGGAAACAAAGGAGAAGGGGGAAAAGAACGGGAAGGAAGAGGAGACAGAGAGGGUGAAUGCCAGGCCUGCCUCGCCUCAGGCAUCCUCCGGUGCUCCCGACCAAGGAGCGAUCCACGCUGCCGCCUCAACUGAUUCCGAGGGAAGAUGCUACGACAAGGAGAUGAGCCAGCGAAUGUCGCUAGUGGAAGAUACCAUGAAGGCAAGCAAGAAGGAGGAGCCAGCUGGCACCAUGGAGGGUGCCGCUGAUCGCGGCGAUGCUAGGGAGAGCGCCGCCGCACAGACGUUGCUCCAAUAGGAAAAAGUUGGAAAAGUACGACGAAAAGCAGACCAGGUACCAGUGACAAUAAAAUAGCACCCGCGGAGCCCCCCCACGGGCACGUGACCAACGGUCAAAUCACCAGCACGUUCAGCACGACGGCGCGCGACGCUCAGCGGAAGGACAGAGACCAAACUGCGCGAGAAGCUCAAGGAAGUCACAAUACUACACGUGUUUUUAUCCGAUGUCGGCAACUGGAAACCGCUGUACCGCGUGCCUUAGAGGAGAAGGAGAAGAUUGUGCCUUGCAGCACAUGAGGCCCAGGACCAGCAGCCAAUCCGGGCGUUCGUAGACGAGAUUGGCAUUGCAAACCAGUUUCCUGCCUUGGACGAGGGGGGGUUAGGUGCGAGCACCCUCACACUGUGCAAGCGUUCUGGUUUCUUGCUGCAAUUGUACAAAAAACACGAGCAAAGGAUGAGCAAGGAGCGGAGUAAGACCGGAGAGCACGUAAGGCAGUGCAGACGCCGCGCCAUGCCACGGGUAUGUGGACUGUACCUGAACCACAAACGCACCUGAAGCGACGGUGGCUUGAUAGGUACUGCACUUCACCCGAGGCGGUGGAAGCUUUACUGGGUACUGUGUCUAUCACAGGAUGUAUUUUGACAUGUGCGGCGGGCCCACGGACGCCGUGGCGACCCGUCUUCGGCCAACGUGUGAGGUCCUCACGAACGACGCGAGCUCGGGGCUGCAGAUUCAACUGUGGUCCUACAUGGUAGUGCGAAGCGUAUCCCUCUAUUUGCUCGUUCUCAUGAACGUCAUCCUCCAGGAAACUACAAGGACCUAAAACCACGCCGCCGGUCCCCAACUCCGCUUCCCCGUUCGAACAACCAAACAUACCCGGCAAAGGUUCCUCAUCGCUGUCGCUGUUGCUGUCACUAUCUGAAACCACCUGCCCUUCCUGUGCUAAACAAUCUUCCCGCAUCUCAUUUUCUUCCGUCUCUUCCUCGCGGCAUGUGAGCUUGCACUUGCACAACUCUGAGCAUUGACCG